ACACACACACUCUUCGUUCAACCCCCAAAAAUAAUUAAGAAAAUGACCCCCCGCGUAGAUGACCCUUUGAAACGACUCAUACUCUUAUCAUUACCACAAGACCCUUCAAACAUUAUUUACCACUUCAACGCUUCUUCUUCUUAUAUCAUUCUAUGUGGAGAAAGAAGCCUCUGAACAAGACUGAAACUUCAAUAAUAUUUGUUUGAGUUAAUAAAUUAAUGGGUAUCAAUGUUAAUCAAAGCUAUGGAAAUGCAGGAUUGGAUCCCCAAUUAGCAGCUGAGAAAGCUGUGAGUGUGAUUGGUCAAGGCUAUGAUCUAUGCAGUGAUAUAAGAUUCUCUGCUUGCAAAUCAAGGUUGAUCCAAAUUGAAAAUACUGCAUCACAAACUAGGGACCUUGUGUUUCCUUCUGGUGUUGUUGUUCCCAAUGUUCCCUUAUCUAUCAAGUCUGAUAAAGGUGAUUGUACCAGGUUUCGUUCUGAUGUUCUCACUUUCAAUCAGAUGUCUGAGCAUUUCAACAGACAACUAUCUUUGUCAGGAAAGAUUCCAUCUGGCCAAUUCAAUAACAUGUUUGACAUGAGAAAAUGCUGGUCCAAGGAUGCAGCUUCCACGAAAAUCCUCGCCUUUGAUGGAUGGUUCAUAACAUUGUAUACAGUUGAAUUAGAUAGAACCAACAUUACCCUUUCGGAUAAUGUGAAAAAAGACGUGCCUUCAUCGUGGAACCCUGCUGCUCUUGCCGAGUUCAUCGAAAAGUAUGGCACUCAUGUAGUUGUUGGGGUGAAGAUGGGAGGAAAAGAUGUGAUUCAUAUCAAGCAGUCAAAAAAUUCAGAUUCUCAGCCGACUGAACUGCAGAAAUUGCUUAAGCAAUUAGCUGAUGAGAGGUUUUCUGCGGAUUCAAAUCAAAAUUCUAAUGUCAAUCCUGGUGAAAUGUCAGGAAAACUAAAGGAUGAUCGUGCGAAACUUAGGGGACAAAACAAGCACAAACCUUUGCCGGUUGUUGGCAGGCCAGUUGUAAAAAGUCACUCCAAGAAUGAUGAUAUAGUAAGCAUUUCUGUUAGAAGGGGAGGUAUUGAUGUAUGUCAACCUUAUAACCAGUGGCUCUCAACCAUAUCACAGUUUCCUAAUGUCAUAUCAAUGUCUUUGGUGCCUAUUACUUCACUAUUGAAUUCUGUCCCUGGAAAUGGAUUCUUAAGUCAUGCCGUGAAUUUGUAUCUUAGAUAUAAACCAGCAAUAGAAGAGCUUCAACAAUUUCUAGAAUUUCAGUUGCCACGACAAUGGGCACCAAUGUACGGCGAUCUGCCUCUUGGAUUCGACCAUAAGUAUAAAAAGAAUGCGUCUCCAUCACUUCAGUUCACUCUCAUGGGACCCAAACUUUAUGUUAAUACUGUGAAGGUUGACUCUGCUAACCGGCCAGUAACAGGUAUUCGCUUGUACUUGGAAGGCAAAAAAAACAACCACCUAUCAAUCCAUCUCCAGCAUCUUUCAGAGGUACCAGGUGUCCUCGAAAUUUCAGAAGAUCACAAUUAUAAUCCUAUCAGCGAACCUGAUGACCGAGGCUACUACGAACCAGUGAAAUGGAGCAUGUUUUCUCAUGUCUACACAGCACCUGUACAAUACAACAGCUCAAGAAUGGAUGAGUCAACAUCUAUUGUAACAAAAGCCUGGUUUGAGGUUAAGCUAGUAGGAAUGAAGAAAGUUCUUUUCUUAAGGCUCGGAUGCUCAACAGUAGCGUCUGCGAAAAUCCGAAGAUCAGAAUGGGAUGGACCGUCAACCACAUCUAGAAAAUCAGGAUUCUUCUCGGCGUUGAUGAGUACAAAGCUUAGCAAAGAAUUGCAAUCACCUGAGAAACCAAACAAAGUUGACAUAAACUCGGCUAUUUAUCAUGGUGGUCCACCUAUGCCAACAAGGGCUCCAAAAAUGCUUAGCUUUGUUGACACAAAGGAAAUGGUUAGGGGUCCAGAGGAUCUACCUGGAUAUUGGGUUGUUACUGGAACAAAGCUAUGUGUAGAGGGUGGCAGAAUCUCAAUCAAGGCUAAAUAUUCAUUGUUGACUAUAUUAUCAGAAGAAUCUAUGAUGUAGUGAGAGUAAGAAUUAAUUUGUUAAUGUUGGUUUUAGUCAGCUGUAUAUAUAUCUUAUAAUCAUUUAUCUAAAAGAAAAGAAAUAAGAUUUUGUUGUCAAAUUCAUUGGUUUUUAGUAACUUAUAGUGUGCUGAUUUUGUUUAGGCAAAACUACCUUAUAAAAAAUAGUAACUGGAAUCUGCAAUCAAAAUAUUGUAUGUUUAUUUUGGGAAUGCUUGCACAAUCAAGAACUGCUCCAACAUAAAUGUUGGUUGGUAUCUAUCA